AUGUCAUUGCCACUGCCACUACCACUUGGAAGCUCCAAACAUGAGACCAAGAAAUCUCAGUCCAGUAAAAUUGUGCCCAGUGAACACAGCCAAUCUGAAAAGAAAGGGGAGAAAUACCAAGCAAAGAUAUAUUCAUCUUCACCUCAGGGUCCUCUCAAAAAGAGAUCAGCUUUGGAAGAUCUCACCAAUGCUUCUCAAAGUCAACCUGCACAGCCCAAGAAGGAAGCCAAUAAGGAGUUUUUAAAAGAUGUUUCCAAGAAGAUAAACAGGACUACACCUGCUCUGGAGUUGGCCAAAAACAAUGAGAUGAAUAUGAAACAAUAUCAGCUGGAACCCUCAUCAGCAGCAGUUUCUACCACUAUGGUAUUACACAUUGUGAAGAAACCACUCACUCUGAAGAUACCUACCAUCUCCAAAACACCCACUACUGAGGAGUCUCCUCUUCCCAAAAAGCCAUUAGUUUUAAAAGAGAAACCCACUACCAGGGGCACAGUCCUCAAUAGGAGGUCAUUAUCUUUAAAGAAGCCCAUAAAUCAGAAUAACAUCUCUCUAUUUGAGAAGCCCCUAACCUUGCUUGAAGAGACUGAGAGUGACUUAGAGUAUGUUUUAGAGCCAGUGACUUUUGGGAAAAAACAAAAAACUGAGAAGGCAGCUGUCACCAAGAGGACAUUAUCCUUCAAGGAGAUGUGUACAUUUCAGGGGAAGCAGUCCUGCUGUGAGGAGGAGAUGACAUUGCUGAAUAUUACUGCUGAAAAGGAUUCCUUCUUUAUGGAGCCAGUGAACUUUAGGAAGAAGCUUGAAACUGAGAAGGCAACCCCCACGAAGCGGCUGUUAACUUUAAACAAAUGUGCCACUCAGGAAAAGAUGUCCCACGAGAAGCCACUAAUAUUGCAGAAGGCCACCUCCAGAGAAAAGCCACUCACUGAGAAACCAUUGUCCUUUCAGAAGAAGCCUACCACUGAGGAGUUCCUUUUCCAAGAAUCAUCUCUGUUGCAAGAGAAGCACACCACUCAGGGGGAGGUGUCCAACUUGAAGAAGUCCUUCGUCUUGCAAAAGACUCCAACUGAGGAGGAGUCACUUCUAAAGGAGACUCUGGCUUUUAAGAAGAAGCGUACCAUUGAGGAGGUAACCCCUUCCAAGGAGCUAGAAAUUUUAAAGAAGAAAUGUACCACUCAAGAUAAGAUAUCCUGCUUGAAGACCAUUUCUGAAGUGAAGUUGAUUACUAAGGAGCCAUUGUCCUUUAAAAAGAAGCCUACCACUGAGGAGGAGUUCCUCUUCAAGGAAUCAUCUGCGUUACCAGAGAAGCACACCACUCAGAGGGAGGUGGCCCUCUUGAAGAAGCCAUGGGCAUUGCAAGAGAAUAUUCACAGUAAAGAUGAAUUUCUUAUGGAGCCAGUUUCCUAUAGGAAGAAACAUACCACAAAUGAGGAAGCCUCUAGCAAAGAGUUAAUGUCUUUAAAGAAGAAAGAGUGCGCCAUUCAAAUAAUGAUGUCCAUCUGCCAAGUAAUAUUGGACUUGCAGAAUAUGAUUGGCAAAGGUAAGGAUCCCUUCUUUAUGAAGCCACUGUCAUUUAGGAAGAAGUUGCCAACUGAAGAGGCAAUCCUUACUAAGACAGCAUUAUCUUUAAAGAAGAGAAUCACUCAGGGAAAGGUAUUUCUCUUAGAGAAGCCACUGGUGUUAGACAAGACUACCUCUGAAGAGGAGUCACUCUUGAAGAAGGUGUUGCCCUUUAAGAAGAAGCUUGCAACUGAUGAGGAGUUUCUCUUGCAAGAUCCAUCUCUAUUGAAAGAGGAUCACACCACUCUGCAGGAUGUGUUCCACUCAAAGAAACCAUUGGCCUUGCAGGAAAAGACUACCACUGAUGAAGAAUCAUAUAUUAAGGAACCAUUAGAGAAGAAGCCUCCCAUUGAGGAGGAAUCCCUCUUUAAGGAGCCAUUUUCAUUGCAUAUUAAACCUGCCAACAAAGAUGAACCCCUUUUCUGGAAAGGUUUGAAUGGGCAGAAUAAGACUGAUACCAAAGAGGACCUCUUGCACAAGCUGUUGACUUUGCAGAAGAAAAGCACCACUGAAAAGGAUUCCCUUUUCAAGAAACCAUUGGUUCUGAAAAAGAAGCUCUCCAAUGAGGCAAAAACAAGCAUAGAGAGCCAAUUACCUUUAAAGAAGAAGCAAAUUGCUCAAGGGAAGGUGUUCCUCUUGAAGAAGCAGUUGUUCUUGCAAGAGAAUAUCACUAAUGAAGAUGAAUUCCUUAUUAAACAGCCACUGACCUUGCAGGAGAAGACCAGCAUUGAGAAGGAAUCCGUCUUCAAAGAAUUAACCUUUCAUGGGAAGCCUACCAUCAAUGAGGCAUUCCAUUUCAAGAUGUUUUCCUUGAAUGAGAAACCCACCACUGGGCAGGAGUUGUCCUUUGAGGAGCCAUUGGCCUUGCAAAAUAGUCCUACCCACAAGAAAGACACAUUUCUUAAAGAUGUCUCUAUCCUCCAAGUUGAGAGUAGCCCACAGGUGUUCAGCGCUGCCUCUGAAUCCAGAACAGGCAUGUCCAGCUCUCGCACCAUGUCCAGUGUGAGCAAGUUUAAUACCACAAGGAAGUCUAGUGCUUGUGAAUGCGGUUCCAAUAAACCUUUCUCAUCUUGUGGCAAGAGAUCACAGAAGGAGCAGAUAACCCCACUGGAGGAUAUUGGUAAGAACCACAAUAAUCCAUUUUUCAACUCAAUAUAUGUCAAGGAUAUCUUCAGAUACAUGAAGGAGAGAGAGGAAAAGUUCAUACUUAAAAAAUACAUGAACAGGCAGAGUGACAUCAGCAGUAACAUGAGGGCCAUUCUUGUGAAUUGGUUGGUGGAUGUGCAGAUUUCCUUUGAGGUGAGUCAUGAGACCCUCUACUUGGCAGUGAAGCUGGUGGAUCACUAUCUUAUGAAGGUAACAUGCAAGAAAGACAAACUACAACUCCUUGGUUCCACUGCUUUUAUGAUUGCAGCAAAAUUUGAGGAGUCCUGCCCACCUAGUUUGGAUAACUUCCUGUACAUCUGUAAUGGUGCUUAUCAGCGAGAUGAGAUGCUUGCCAUGGAAAUCAACAUUUUGAAAACCCUAGAUUUUGAUAUCAACAUUCCUGUCGCCUAUCAUUUUCUGCGCAGAUAUUCUGUGUGUUUCCGUGUCAACAUGAAUACAAUAUUGUUAUCCCGCUUCAUCUGUGAGAUGACUCUUCAAGAAUAUGACUAUAUCCAGGAAAGGGCUUCCAAACUAGCUGCUGCUUCCUUCCUUCUGGCCCUCUACAUGAAGAAUCUCGGACACUUGGCUUCUACCCUGGAGUAUUACAGUGGCUACAAGACCUCUGAUCUUCACCCCUUGGUCAAGAAGCUGAACAUACUGCUGACUUUGCGUUCUUGCGAUGAUAGGCUCAAGGCUGUGCGUUCCAAGUAUUCUCACAGGCUCUUCUUGGAAGUCACCAAAAUCCCCCCCUUGGACAUGUGGAAUCUGGAGGAGAUUUUGAACUCCUGCUAA